AUGAUUGGUGAUAAACUCUUGCCAAAAUUAUCACAAAAUUUACUUGAAAUUUUAAACGAUGAAGAAUAUUAUGAUAUUACAAUUGAAGUUGGUAAUGACCCCUAUAUAAAAGUAUUCCGUGCUCACAUGGUUAUUUUAAACUAUCGCUCUCCAUAUUUACGAAGAAUGUUAUCAACUAAUAAAAAGAAAAAUGACGGAACUUUAACGAAUAUUAAAUUAACAAAUAUUUUUCCAGAAAUUUUUGGAAUUAUCUUAAGGUGCAACAACAUUGAUCAGGGGGAAAGUGAAAGGGAAAGGGGAAGACGAAAGGGAAAGGAAGACGAAAAGGAAAGGGAAGACGAAAGGAAAGUGGAAACGAAAGGGAAAGGGAAACGAAGGGAAAGUGGAAAAUGGAAAUGGAAGAGAAAGGGAACAAAACUGAAAGGGAAAGGGUCUUUCGGUAUGCUUCUUUUGGUGUUAUAA